AUGAUCUCGGUCCCGGCCAGCCUGCUGCCGCGCCGCCCCGGCGACCCCCCGCCUUCCGCCGCCGCGGACGGCCCGGGAGAGGUCUUCCUCGCGUUCGGCCGCGUGUUCAGCGGCGUCGCGCGCGAGGGGGCGCGCGUCCAUGUGCUGACGUCAGCGUACGACCCGCGGGAGCCGGGGAGGCACCGGCAGACCGCGACGCUGACGGGGCUGUACCUGAUGAUGGGGCGCGCGCUGGAGCGGCUGCCGGAGGUGCCAGCCGGAAAUAUCUUGGCGGCGUCCGGGCUCGAGGCGGCCGUGCUCAAGAGCGCGACGCUGUCCAGCACACCCUGCGCGUGGCCGCUGGCGCCGAUGGCGGCCCCCAUCGUGCGCGUCGCGCUCGAGCCGUCCCGGCCCACUGACAUGGCGGCGCUCGCGGAGGGCCUGCGGCUGCUCAACAGGGCCGACCCUUUUGUAGAGGUCGGCAUCACCGACAAAGGGGAGCAGCUGCUGGGUGCAGCGGGGGAGGUGCAUUUGGAAACGUGUGUCAAGGACCUGCGGGAGAGGUUUGCACGCGUAGACUUCCAGGUGUCCCCGCCCCUGGUGGCCUUCAGGGAGAGCAUCUUCUGCCCCGAGGAGGCUGCGGAGGGCCAGGUGGGCCGCCCCGCACGCGUGGUCGAGGCGUCCACGCCCAGCGGCGCCUGCACCGUCCGCGUGCGCGCGCACGCGCUGCCGGGUGCGCUCGCGUCGGUGCUGGACGAUAACGCGGCGCUGCUGAAGCAGCUGCUAGAGCAGCAGGCCGGGAGGAAGGCGGGGCGCGACGCGGGCGGCGCGACGGCGGCCGACGGCAGCAAUGGGGAGCCGGCCGGCGCUGGGACGGCCGGUGGCGGUGGCGGCGGCGGUUCGGCGGGUGCGGGCCCGCCCGGGCUGGCGGCGUUCAGGCAGCGCGUGCGGCACGCGUGCGACGAGUCGGCGGACGGGAAGCAGCUGCUGCGGCUGCUGCGGCGCGCGUGGCUGUUGGGGCCCAAGCACAUCGGGCCGAACGUGCUCGUGCCUGUUGAGGGGGAGGCGUCCGUCGGCGGCGGCAGCCUGUUCGACGCGCCCAGCACCUCAGUCGUCCGCACGACGCGGCAUGGCGGCGCGCUCAAGCCCGCGCAGGCGGCGGCGGCGGUGGGCCCCAGUGGCGGCGGCGGCGCAGCAGACGCGUACGGCGCCGGCGACCCAGCGGCGGCCAGUGCAGGGGCGGCAGCGGGGGCGGUGAUUCAUGAGGCGACCGUGCAUGUGCCGCUGGGCACCUGCGAGGCAGCUGCAAUCCUGGGCUUGAGUGCCGAGCCGGGCGCGGACGCGCAGCAGGCGCAGGCCGACGCGGCCGACGGCGACGCCGGCGCCGGCACCAGACCAAGCAGCGCCGCCGGCAGCCGCCCCGCAAGCCGCACCGGGCGCCCCCCGUCGGCGCCCGCCGCCGCCACCGCCACCCCGCCGCCGGCCGCCCUCGGGUCGGCGCCCGGCUGGCAGCACGUGCGCGGAAGCAUCGAGUCCGGCGUCGUCGCCGGCUUCUCAUUGGCGACGGCUGCGGGCCCCCUGAUGGACGAGCCGCUCUGGGGCAUAGCCAUCGAGAUCGAGGCGCGCCUGCGGCCGCCGGCCGCCGCGGUCUUGACCGUCGACGCCGCCGACGAGCAGGGGCGCGAGCAGGGCGGGGCCGCGGACGCGCCCGCGCCUGCGCCCGUGCCGGCGGCGUUUGACCUGCAGGAGGAUGUGUAUGGGCCGUUCAGCGGGCAGGUGAUGACGGCGGUGGCGGGGGCGUGCCGGCUGGCGGUGAUGGAGGCGGAGCCGCGGCUGGUUGAGGCGCUGUUCCUGUGCCAGGUGGGGCGGGGCUGCUCGCAGCUGGGGCUGCUGUUUCACUGUUAG